AUGCGUCUCUCUCAAGCCCUUUUUGCCCUCCCCCUUGUGGCGGCCAGCCCUCUCAUGUACCGCGUCGGCGACGCCCGCCAAAUCUCCAUCUCCAACCCCUUGACCAGUAUUCUCAACGACUUGACUGGUGGUGCCGACAGCUCUACCUCGGCUGCGGCAGUUGUGACGUCGGCUGCCGUCGUCACUACUUCAAAGGACGCGGUGGUGACUACUUCGGCUGCUGGUAUCACAACGUCCGCUGGAUCCAGUGCCGCAGUGGUCCCGGGCUCGUCGUCGUCGGCCGUUGUGGCCGCCAGCAGCGGCUCCACUUCUGCGGCGGCUGUGUCGAGCGACAAGCCCACCACGAGCGCUGCUGCCGUGACCAGCGCAGCGCCCACAUCUGAGACUUCCAUGACCGAGACGGCCAUCGAGUCGAUUACGUCCGAGGCAUCAAGCACGUCUGCUUCAUCGGCCCCGUCCAUUGUCCAGGUGGUGACCCAGGGCGGCGUGACUGUUACCGAGUACGCAAACGCCACAAGCACUGCCGACCAGACCAGCGCCAAGGCCGAAGACACUGGUCUCGCCAAGGGUGCGAUCAUUGGUAUCGCUGUUGGUGUCGCUGCCGCCGUCAUUGCGGGCAUUGCCCUGCUCGUCUUUUUGCUCCGUCGCAAGCGUUCCAACGACGACGAGGCGAUUCGCUGGCCCGAGCUCAACCGCCAUGGCGACAGCGACGUCCACCACGCUCUCCCGGCCCACAACGUCGCGGGCGGCUCGCGCAUGUCGCUCGGCGACGACCUCGACGGACCCGAGUACAUUACCGUCAUGGAAGGCGGCGACACUGCGCUCCACGGCUCCAACUUUGGCUCGUCGCCCAUGCUCAACGACUACGACGAGAAGACGGGCCAGCUGUACGACCCGGCCGCGCAGCAGCAGCAGCAGUCACAGCAGCACGGCGGACAGUACGCAUACUCGGACCACGAAGACUACAACUCGUACCCGCCCGUCCAGCCGCAGCCGUCCCCCAUCCACGGCGCGCCCUACGACUGGGAGUCGCACGACGGCCACUACCAGCCCGACAACGGCUACUCUGGCAUGACCCGCCAAGAGUCGCCGCCCAUGGCUGGCGUCGGCGCAGGUCCCGGCGGCAUCGCCCCAGGCAUGACUUUCCCGCAGGCCACCCGUUACUAG